CUACAUAUGUAAUAUAUUUAUCUGUAUGUGUCUAUGUAUGUCUCAAUACGGGAAAGUUGUAAAUAAUUUUCAUUAAAUUUUUGACGAAGCUCCUCAAUUAGAAGCCUAAGCUAAAUAAAAAGUGACCUGAUGAUUACAAAGUGAGUUCUGAAAGUGAUGGGAAACCGUAAAUGGUGUGCCUUAUGAAACAAAAAACUAUCAUUGCGCACGAUCCCCAAACGCCAUUUUGAAGCGAAAUUUUGUAUGUAAGUGCCAAGUAUUUCGCAAUAUUUUCAAUCUUCACCCUUGCUGAGGGGGUGCGUUUGAUAAUUUUUGGUACUAGUGAAUGUGAAACACACCUACGAACGUGCCAGUAUGUGAUCAAGUGCAUUGACGGAUGGUCAGAAUCAGUGGUUGCAUCGAGAUAGCGGGUGGUGCGGAGGAUGGCCCGACCCAACGGGAGCGCUCUCAAUAACUGACGGACGCUGCCGGCUUCCAGCUGGCGCAAGCAAUAAAAAUGCCACGACCUGGCAGUCUAAAAGACCCAGACAUUGCUGAAUUAUUCAGUAGACAUGAUCCAGAGAAGAUCUUUGAGGACCUUCGUGAGAUCGGUCAUGGGUCCUUUGGGGCAGUCUACUAUGCUCGCUGCAAUCUCACAAAAGAGAUUGUGGCAAUUAAGAAAAUGUCAUAUGUUGGUAAACAGAGUGAAGAGAAAUGGCAGGAUAUCUUAAAAGAAAUUAAAUUCCUCAAACAGCUGGAACAUCCAAACACUAUAGAGUAUAAAGGGUGCUACAAACGAGAACAUACAGCAUGGCUAGUAAUGGAGUAUUGUGUUGGUUCCGCAUCAGACAUCAUAGAGGUGCACAAACGGCCGCUACGUGAAGAAGAGAUCGCGGCGAUCUGUGAAGGUGUAGUCUGCGGUCUAUCUUACUUGCACAGUCUAGGUCGCAUCCACCGGGACAUCAAGGCGGGCAACAUAUUACUCACUGAGAAUGGCACGGUCAAGCUCGCCGACUUCGGCAGCGCCAGCAUCAAGUGUCCAGCCAACAGCUUCGUCGGCACUCCCUACUGGAUGGCGCCUGAAGUUAUACUCGCCAUGGACGAAGGACAAUAUGAUGGAAAGGUGGACGUAUGGUCGCUGGGCAUCACGUGUAUCGAGCUUGCAGAGCGCAAGCCGCCGUACUUCAAUAUGAACGCUAUGUCCGCACUUUACCACAUCGCACAGAAUGAUUCCCCCACCUUACAGUACGUGUUACAGGCGCCGGAAUGGACGGAUACGUUCCGGUACUUCGUGGAGGCGUGCCUGCAGAAGAACCCAGCGGACCGGCCAUCGUCCACGAAGCUACUAUCGCACCCGUUCAUCACUCGGCCGCGCUCACCCAACGUGCUGGUGGACCUCAUCCAGCGGACCAAGGCUGCCGUGCGAGACCUCGACAAUCUCAACUACAGGAAGAUGAAGAAGAUACUGAUGGUCGACGCCGAUAACGAGAGUGCUAUAGGGGACAGUGAGGAGACGGCAGAGGAGCGGUCUGGCGGCGACAGUUCGAAGUCCAACUCCGCCACGUCGGAGCACAGCGCGGCCGGCGCGUCCAGCCAGAGCUCGUCCUCCGGCAGUCUGCGCCGCCGGCCGCACGCGCAGGUGAACGCGAACCACCACAGCCAGCCCCCUGCGCCGGCGCAGUACAGUCACCUCAACCACCAACACUCCGCGCACUCCGCCGUGCCCGCCAGAGCACGCAAGAGCUGGCUUUUCUCAUGUUGCUGUUUCGUACGCAGAGAGAGCGAGAGCCCUCUAGCGGGGGCCCACGACGACUACGUCAACAAGGACGCACUCAGGGACUACGCCAACCGCGACUCGCUGUGUGACGACUAUGGAGACGACUACGCCAACCGCGACGCUAUCCGCGAGGCGCGAGACCGCGACCGGGAACGUGAACGUGAGCGCGACCGCGAGCGAGAGCGCGAGCGCCCGCCCAGCGACUACCGCGAGUACGUCAACGCGCCCGCCGCCUGGCACGACCCCGACGACAACCGCAACACGCAGCGCAGGCAGACCAGUCGCAGUAUAAGCAACAAUGUUUCGGCGGCCAUGUCGCUGGUAUCAGAACACGGCGCAAACAACUUUGCGACGAUACGAACAACCAGCAUUGUCACCAAACAGCAGAAAGAACACAACCAGGAGAUGCACGAGCAGAUGUCUGGCUACAAGCGCAUGCGACGCGAGCACCAGGCGGCGCUGGUGAAGCUGGAGGAGCGCUGCAAGGCCGACGUCGACGCGCACAAGGCACAGCUCGACAGGGAGUACGAGGCGCUGCUGCAGCAACUCUCGCGGGACCUCGAGCGUCUGCAGACCAAGCACGCGCAGGAGUUGGAACGCAAACAGAAACAGAAUGCAGCGGCAGAGAAGAAGUUAAUAAAGGAUAUUACCGCGAGACAGGAACAGGACAGGAAGGCGUUCGAGACACAACGCAAGCGCGAGUACAAGGCCAACAAGGAGCGGUGGAAAAAGGAACUCAGCAUGGACGACGCCACGCCUAAACGACAGCGGGAUGCCACGCUACAGUCUCAGAAGGACAACCUGAAGCAGGCGGAGGCGGCGGAGGAGAUGCGACUGGUGCGGUCCCAGCGCGAGUACCUCGAGCUCGAGCUGCGCAGGUUCCGGCGCCGUCGCAUGCUGGCGCUGCAUCACAAGGAGCAGGAACUGCUGCGGGAGGAGCUGAACAAGCGUCAGAACCAGCUGGAGCAGGCGCACGCAAUGUUACUACGUCAUCACGAGAAGACGCAGGAACUAGAGUACAGGCAACAGAAAGGAGUACACGCGUUAAGAGAGGAGCAGUUAUCGAACCAGCACGGCACGGAGCUGGCCAACCAGCGCGACUACAUGCAGCGCGCAGAGCACGAGCUGCGCAAGAAGCACGCGCUUCAGCUUAAACAACAACCUAAAAGCCUCAAGCAAAAAGAAAUGCAAAUCCGCAAACAAUUCCGUGAAACGUGCAAGAUACAGACUCGUCAGUACAAGGCGCUCAAAGCGCAGAUACUGCAGAUGACUGCUAAGGAGCAUCAGAAGGAAGUUAUAAAAACGUUAAAGGACGAGAAGCGUCGCAAGUUGGUGCUGUUGGGUGAGCAGUACGACCAGAGCAUCACUGAGAUGUUGCAGAAGCAGACCGUCAGGUUGGACGAGAGUCAAAUGAUGGAGUGCCAACAGCUGAAGAUGCAGUUGGAGCACGAGCUGGACAUGCUGACUGCCUACCAGAGCAAGAGCAAGAUGCAGGCCGAGGCGCAGCGCAACCGGGAGCGGCGCGAGCUGGAGGAACGGGUCGCCGUGCGGCGCGCGCUGCUAGAGCAGAAGAUGGAGUCGGAGUGCGCGCAGUUCGUGGCGGAGCGCGCCGAGCGCACGCGCCUGCUGCACGAGCGCCACGAGAGGGAGCUCGAGCACUUCGACAACGAGAGCGCACGUCUCGGCUUCAGUGCGAUGGCGAUCGCAGAAGGCAGCCGGGAGGGCUACGGCGAGGAGGAGCAGUCUUUGUCGGGCUCGAUGCUGUCUCUGGCACACAGCAACUCGUCCGCCAGCUUCGCGGCCGGCUCGCUGUAGUGGGCGCCGGCCCGACGUACUGCGGCCGAGCCUGCCGUUAUCGCCUAAUGCUGUUGCCAAACUACUCGCUUAUACACACGUUACGUGUACGCUUUACUAGGUCAUGCUUGUCGUAUUCGUGAUGGAAAAUUUUAUUGUAAUGACGCUCUGCACGCGAUUCCUUCGUCGUUCAUCUUUAUGACUCGAGCCACUGUGAUAAGGCCGGUCGCUCAAUGAUAUGGUGUAGCUGAAUCGUAUUCUAACGGCGUCGUCGGUACAACGUACAUUGCUGUAUGGCCAAAAAAAUAUAAAAGAAGGAUCGAGAUAUGUAAAAUAUUAACAACGGUUUCGUUUCGUUUAACGGUGGCGUAUACACAAACAGUUGAUUAAACUUGUGUUAAGUAAUUAUAUUCUGAAUCUGAUUAACUAUUUACAUUAUGUGAUUGCUCACGUGCAUGAUUGUGUUCAUCAUACAUGAUAUUGAGAGAGAAGUUUCAUUUCGAUGCUCGCUAUAUGUAGAAUAAGUGUUUGCUCAAAAAUAGGGCGCCCCUGCCCUAGCAAUGUAAUAUGUUUAUCCUUUUUUGAUAUUUUCUUGGCUAUGACGUCUGCCAUAUUAGUGGACCCGGGUGUAAAUAUUGUAGAUUGAUGAUUCACUGAGGAUGUUGAAGUGUCACACGCUCAUAGCGCUCUCUAGUAUUCAGAGCGGUUACAUACAAUCGAUUGUUGUUAUUAUCGUUAGCAAUGUUCACGGGCUCUACCUCAUUAGACUUGUUACGAAAAUUAUGUGUUGAUUGAUAGAAUCGUGUGAGUACAUUGUGGUCCGCAGAAGUAUUAUUUCCGAGUAUGUAUAUACAAACAAUGUUUUGGCACCAGCAUUAGAACUCCACGUCCCAUUCUUAUUACUGAGACUGUCUGCCCUCCCGCGGUGUGUAAAUUCAUGUUAUUUGGCAACAUGUUAUUAAAAAUACUGUUUGACACUGAUAUUAGCCUAAUUUUUAUGUAUUUUUGUUACGUCUUCCAAAGCGAAAGUGUAGCCGUUCCUCUAGCGGCUCGGGAGGGCAUUUCCUAUUUUAUUACACUAUUAAGUUUAUUGCACUCCAUAUUUAAUUAAUUAUCUCUUAGCUACAGUCGAGUCGAGAGGUACUGGAAAGUAGCAACCUGCAAAAAUGGCCGCUGGUAUUGUGGUUACUAUUGCGCGUUGUGAGGAGCCACAAAGUCUCGACCCACUUGUUAAUGCAUUACCGUGUUUCUGGUGUUUUGACAAAUUAUGUGAACUGAAUACAUCUACAUUUGUACAUACAUAACAUUAUGUAGGUUUCAGUUAUAUUUUAGUUAGACGGAUCAAUGUAGAAGUGAAUAAUAAUUUAUUGUAUAAUAAUAUCUUUAUGUACCGCAUCCUUAUUUUAAAAUAAACAUUAUUUUAGAAUCCUAGAUGUUUUAGCCAUCAAUCGAAAAAUGUGCCUAAUUCUGCCUAAAAAAUUUAUCAAAAUAUCGGAAACAGUAAAGUUGUAAUUCUAACAAAGAGGUUAUACGCAAGUCUGCCUGUAUAUGUCUGAGGUUAUUUAAAUGAUGCAUCGAUGUGAGAAUGAGACGCUUCUUUUCUAUUAGAGACUUACUCACGGUACGACACUGUUCCGUUGGCUUGCCAGUCCUCACGGCCCUAGAACUUUAACGAAACAUUAGUUAUAAUGGAGAACUCGAGUAAACUUACGCUGUCGAAGUACUCGCAAUACACUUACUACAUUGUUGUCACAUGAUAAUUAAAAUUAACACUUAAAUCUAAAACUUAAUUUAUUCGCGUCUGAAUAUUCGAUCUCUUAGACAUAAGAAAUUUUUAUCAUCUCUAGAAUAUUAUUAGACCGUCCAUCGUUAAACCGCAGCAUAUGUACAACAACGGAACAGUGUCCAGUAGAGGGCAUGAUUAUAUUUAAAAAUCUAGUAUUCCUGAUCCAAUCUUGUAUAAAUAUGUAGUUUAUCGUAAGUUUCCACAGUGGUUCUAGCUGAUUUUUCAUCUUGAUGCUCUGAUGAAACAAGAUUGAAAAAUGUCACAAGUGAUUACCACGAGCACGUCAAAUGCUAAGUUAAGGCAAACUUUGUAGUGCAUCCCAGGAACUUUGGUCCUCAAAGUGUACGCUUAAGAUGUUUGACAAAAGGCAUUAAUUAGAUGAAGUAGUCAGAGACGAGGCACCGAGCCGCGACCACCCCGCCCCACCUCACUGUUCACAGAGGAUCUUAUUAUUUACAACAUUAGAUAGACAAAAUUCUAAUAUUCAUAUCAUUAGUUUUUACUUUAGGAACCAUUUUUGCAUAUGUUAUAUUAAUGUAAGUUGAAUUUUUUGAAGAGCGGACUGACGGUAUUUGUUUAUUGGCCUAGUAUUGAGUUUAUUAAAUGUUUAAAAAGUUUUUAACGAAGACGUAUAUUAUUAUGCUUAUUUUAGAUCAUUUUUAGAUUUUAAAAGGAUUGUAACACGCUUUACUAAAUCAUAAUAACAAUGCGCAGGUGCCACUGCCGGUUCGUUGUGUAAAUAUAAAGUGUAUGUAUUAUUGUGAAUAUGUAGCGAGCACACGAUUUGCCUUACGGGCGGAGGGGCGCGCCGGGCUCGGCGUUAUGUAUAUAAAGAACAAUAAUUUAAAUAUUAUAAAUAAUUUGUUACUUUUGUAAGGUGCGAGUGCGGUUUUGUGUACAUUGGAAGUGCGACGCGGCGGCCCCCGUGCGGGGCCAGACUAUGUGCUAUUUUCUUUAUUUAGUGUCCUAAUACCCUAUCGUAUUGUGUACUAAGCUUACCAGUCAAAUAUGUAUAGCAAAUGUAUUAUUUAAUUUAAAAUGGAUUAUAGUCAUAAAUACCCAAAUUUAGUUAAUACUAUUUUUAAAGUAUUUUUUAUUAUUUUUAUUAAUAUUUUUCCUAAAGCAUCACAUGAUGUGAUCGUAUUAUUUGAGUUUGUUGGAAGAUUCCCGACGGAUUUAAUGUAUCGCAGCCUAAGUUGAUUAGGUGUUAGAAUAUUUACAAAACAUUUGACAAAAUAGCUGUUUUAUGUAAACAUCUUUGCACAAUGCCAUUUAUCCGAAUCAUAUAAUAUAUAAAAGUUGCUUCGAUUUCCUAGAUAAUGCAAGUUGUGAUAAAUGGCUUUGUGGAAUAGAUUAUUAGAUUCCAGAUUAUCCCCUUCUAAACUGACCAAAUAUAAGACAAUAAUCUCUAGACACAGCCUAACUUGAGUUGUCACCCUCUCUGUACAUAUUUGUAGAAUGCGAGUGCGCGAAGUGGACCUAACCGUUGGGAGUACUUAGUGCUGUGUUAUGUAUAUAAUACUGAUUCGGUAAACAAUUUCUAUAAACUCUGUAAACUUUGUCGCAUUGUAAUAUACCUAUUAACAGUUAUCUUGACACGAAACUACGCCUUUCUUGGCGUGUAUUAUCGAUUGGAUAUCGUUUUGAAUAUUAUUUUCGACCAAAUGGCGGUAUUCCGCUGCGUUACGUCCACUCUCCAAUCUCUGCAGUUUCGCAGCUAAAGCUCGAACCGAAGCACUAUGGAAUUGAAUUGUAAGCUGUAACUUCGCUUGCGUGCAACAGAUGAUCGGUACUUAAAGUUAGGCGCGUAGUAUUUUGCUCGCUGUCUUAGUCCUCUGUCCGAACGUCGGCGGACUCUACCGCCGGCCACGCGGUACGAGUAUAGGGCGUAGGCGCGUCGUUUUCCUAUUCCAACCUCCCACCACUUAGCUGUUCUAGAGUUAGAUGUUAUUAUCAGUUGUCUGUCACCUUUCAAUGGUCACGAUCUACAGAUUAAUUAUUAUGAGAUAGAAGUACCAAACUCGUAGUUAGCGGUCACGUAUUUUGUAAAUUGUAACUAUACAAUUUUUAUAUUUUACCAUUGUAUAGUCUUUUAUCACAGAUAGGUAGUUAGCAAUAUUGUGACCGAUGUGACAAGGUGCGCACGCGCGGCCGCCGGUUAUUGAUUAUAGUUUGCGAUUGUUAGCGGCUCGCUCGGUGCACCGUUGUUUUCUUUUUAUUUUUGUUACAUAAUAUUUAACAAUGAAUUUCUAGAUUCUAACUAUUAUCACUAAUAAUACUGUAAUAUAAUCUGGUUCAUGAAAAAUCAAACCGAAAUAAAUUAAAUGGAAAGAAUCA